AUGAAGCUCACACACAUCAUCUCUAUCACGGGUCUCUUUGUCCUUGGCGCGACUGAAGCUUUGCGCAACGACACCAAUGUCAAGAGAGAGUCUCCUGAGUGCCGCUGGCACCGCCGCAGCCUGAACGCUAGAGACGACAGCGACGACAACGACGACAACGACAGCGACGACAGCGACGACGACUUUUGCUUCGGUCUACAACCUGCCGACGAUGCGCUCUGGCAUGCAGCAAAAUGCAGGGGCGGAAAACUACUUCUCGGGACCACCCAAAACGCUCCGGAAGCUGCACGAUUCGUGAAUCCCAUCAAUUCUCCCUGGGACGGCGAGAUGAGGGACGACCUCGCCAAGUGGGGUUGGAAAGAUGGAGUUACCGAUCCCGAUACAGAGUGCAAUAUCGACUUCCUCAAGACUAUCCUCCCGCACCUCAGAACCACAACAGGCAGCCACCUCUACGGCGGACCAAACUAUUGCUUCUCGGUAAAGCAUUGCGACAGUGAUGCUAUGGAGAAGGAUGAAAACGGAAACAUGUACCCCAGGAAAGAACAGUACUAUGACGUCGAUGGUCGAUUAUACAGGGCCACAGCCGGUUUCACUACGGCGGUCGUCAACCCAGAUGCAGGCGCGAUAUUCUUUCUUCAACGUGGCUCUCCCGCAUUCGAAGCCCGCGACUUAUGGGGUUUAGAGGAUCAGCAUACAGUCGAUCCAAAUGAGUUGCCGGCUCUGCCUAUCUGGCUAUCUUGGAACUACGUGAAAGGAUCCCCCAACGGCAGGGCAGCCGGAUUCUUCCUCGCUCAACACAAGCCCCAACUAGGUGGCAACCGCUGGGUCCAAACGAUCCGCGUAUUUCGAGUAGACGCAGACACAUCGGCACCCCAUAUUUUCUUCUUCGUCGGACCCGCGCCCUACCCCCCACCGAAGGUACCGGAUGAUCUACCCGAUCCUAUUAUACCGCCACCAGCGCAAGCGGUAGAAGUGGUCAAGAGAGUUUCUGAUGAGAAGAACAUAGUCAGACAGCACGUGCUCUGGGCGAAGUUGUAA